AUGCCUGGCAACCAAGUGCAACCCGAACCACCCUUGGUUGAGGAUUGCGUGCACCAUGCAUUUUGUCGCCAAGUCAGACAAAGGCCAGAUGCAACAGCGAUCGCCUCUCAUGACACUUCACUCUCAUAUCAACAACUGGACGAUUAUACGGACCGAGUCGCAUGGGCGCUUCAAGCACGCGGCGUGGGCCCCGAAGUGGUGGUACUACUCUGUUUCGAAAAGUCCGCAUGGGCCAUUGUCGCCAUGCUCGCCGUGAUGAAAGCCGGCGGUGUUUGUGCCAAUGUCAGCCCGAACUAUCCAAUCGAACGAAUAAACAGGAUUGUUGAGCAAAGCGAGGCAUCGCUCAUGUUGUCCAAUGUGAUUAAUGAGAAAUUGCGGAGUGUUUGUGGGAUUGAAUUGUUCGAAAUUACCGAAGCCACGGUGACCGCGUUGUCUGCCCCUUCUUCACAACUGAUCGACACCAUAACUCCACAAAAUGCCGCGUACAUUCUCUUCACAUCUGGCAGUACCGGCGAGCCAAAGGGCAUAGUAGUCGAGCAUGGUUCGCUCUGCACCAGUGCUGCGGCUCACGGGUCAAAAUGGGGAAUCAACUACGGGACCCGAGUCUUUCAAUUUGCGUCUUAUACAUUUGAUGUGAGCGUUGCCGACAUUUUCUUCUCUUUGAUGCGAGGCGCAUGCAUUUGUGUGCCUUCAGAAUCCGAGCGACUCGAGAAUCUGACUGGCUCCUUGACGCGCCUCCAAGCCAACUGGGCCUUUUUAACCCCAUCUGUUGCUGCAAUGGUGAAGCCGGCAUUAACUCCAUCCCUCCGGACCUUGCUGCUAGGAGGUGAAGCACCUACACAUCAAAACAUCCAGACGUGGGCUGAGGCCGUAGACUUGAUUGUCUGCACUGGGCCGGCAGAAUGCUCAAUUUACUGCAUGGGUAGUCCCCCCUGCAGCAAGGACUCAGAUCCUGCAAACGUGGGAUUUCCAAUUGGAGGACGUCUUUGGGUGACGGACCCUGACGAUCCAACGGUCCUAGUUGCACCGGGACAAAUUGGAGAGCUUGUGAUUGAGGGUCGCAUUGUGUCAAGAGGCUACCUGAAGAACCCGACGGCCACAGAAAGAUCCUUUCUCAGUGAGCCGGCCUGGCUGCCCAAGGAGGGAGAGCAGCGUCCCCGUCGUGUGUAUCGCACAGGCGAUCUAAUAAGACAGAACCCCGAUGGAUCAUACAACUUCAUCGGGCGUUCAGACAAUCAGGUCAAGAUCCGCGGACAGCGCGUGGAGCUGAGUGAAAUUGAAAAUUCGAUCAUGCAAGCAUCGGCUGCGCUUUCCCUCACAAAGGUCGUGUACAUUGGCAGAUCCUCUGAUAGGGUGCGGGACGCCCUCGUGGCCUUCCUUGAAUUUAAAGAUGGCCAUACACAUCACACCGAUUCAUCUGCUGCCAGAUCUACAGAGGAGGAAAUCAUUGCAAUUGAAAAAAGUGUGGCUGCAUCAUUGCCUGAUUAUAUGGUUCCGAAUCACUUUCUGCCGUUGACGCAGCUUCCACUCACGCUCAAUGGAAAGGCUGAUAUGAGGUCUUUACGUCAGCUCUUCAAUGAGCACGAAUUGAGACAAAUAGAGAUGGCAAAGUGUCGAAACGCCUCCUCCAAGAGCAACUUGUCAUCAAAUGAGAUGACUUUGCGCCGCCUAUGGUCCCAUGUUCUGAACCUUGAUGAGGAAUUUAUCACGCCUGACAGCGACUUUGUACGCCUCGGCGGCAGCUCACUGAGUGCCAUGGAACUCGUCAGCGCUGCUCGCGCUGAAAGGCUUGACUUAUCAUUUUCAUUGGUCAUGCAAUCCUCCAAACUCAGCAACAUGGCUGCGGCAUGCGCUGAGAAUGCGACUUCAUCCGAGGCGGGCGAUUCCAUUGGAACUGAUGGUUCCAGUGGCUGGUCAGGAACUCCUUCUGAGACAGACUCUGACAUUUCAAGUAUCACGCCUGCACCUUUUACCAUGAUAGGAAACGAAAAUCUCAGAGAAAUUGUCGCCGAAGCAGCCAGAGUCUGUCAUGUUGCCCCCGGCCAAAUCCUGGACCUCUACCCCGCCACACCUUUGCAAGAAGAUCUGAUAGCUGUGAGCCAGACUUCACGAGACAAUUACAUCUCCACAUACCAGAUGCAAGUUCAGCCUGGUACAGGGUUGUCACGAAUGAAGCAAGCUUGGGAGCAGGUCUAUCAAGAACUGGAAAUUCUAAGGACCCGUUUGCUAUAUUCGUCUCAGAAAGAUCUGGCGCUUCAAGCUGUAAUUGAUGAGAAGGUGGUCUGGAAGACAGAACGGAAGAUUGGCGCAUCUCUCGAGGUUUCCUACGGGACUCCACUCUCGCAGCUGACCGUCACAGAAACAGACGGAAGAGCUUGCAUCAUUUGGGACGUUCACCACAGUCUCAUCGAUGGGAUUUCUGUGUCUCUGAUCUUCAAUCGGCUUGCUGUGAUCUACGAAAAUCCUUCAGCCCCAUCAAAUCUUGUUCCCUUCAAAAGCUUCAUCACUCACCAAUCUUCACUUCCACACAAGGAGGCAAAGGCUUGGUGGACAGGCUUCCUCGAGGGUGCGCCAAUCUCAGAUUGGCCUCGGGACACAGGGUCUGAUUCAGCGGUGAUUCGAGCUCUCGCCCCUUUAAGCAACGCUGAUCGGUCCUUUACGCUCGCGACAUACCUGAAGCUGGCAUGGGCUCUCCUCAUCGGCACCUACACAGACUCAAACGAUGUAGUCUAUGGUUGUACAAACUGGGGUCGUUCUUCCUCGAUGCGAGACGUUCUCUCUGUCGUUGGGCCGACUAUUACGACCGUCCCAUUCCGCGUUCAAUUUGGUGAUGAAUGCACCAUCGCUGAUGCUUUGUGUGCGAUUCAGUCUGAUUCAAUCACAAUGGCUGCACAUGAUCAUAUCGGACUACUCGGCAUACGAAGAUCCAGCCCGGCUCUGGGGGAGGCCAGCCGAUUCCGUUCACUGCUUGUUAUCCAGCCACCUUCGGAGACCUCGAUGCUGGAAUCACUUGCUCAAAUCGAGAGCGCUGAUGAAGACAUUCAAUCCUACCCACUUGUUCUUGAAUGCAGAGAGCUUGAGAACCAAAUAGAGAUGGUUCUCAACUACCAGACUGGGUCGGUGACGCCGCGUAUGGCAUCGUCACUGCUUGGGCAGAACGCCCAAAUUCUGAAACGCCUGCUCGCCACGAAUAUAGAGGCUCCCGUGGCUAGUUUUGAUCCCUUUGAAAUGUCAGAUCUUGGUUUGUCCCCGAACAAUUCUCUACCUCAACAAAAUUCAAGUGGCCAUUGCAUCCACGUGGAAUUCCUGAAAGUGGUGCAGUCUCAGCCCAAAGCACAAAGCGUCAACUCCGCCAACGUCUCUUGGACCUAUGAGACUCUAGAUCAGCUGUCUACUAAUGCUGCAUAUGCUUUGAUUGACGCGGGGAUCAAAUCGUCAUCUAUUGUGCCCAUAUGCUCUCCAAAAUCACCCUGGGUCAUCGUGACUAUGUUGGCCAUCCUGAAGGCCGGUGCCACAUUUCUGCCUCUGGACGCUUCCAAUCCUCCAGAUCGCCUACAGCGUAUCAUUGAGCGUGUCCAGCCGACUUUGAUUCUUGCACCCCCAGACCAAAGCCAGCUGUUCCAGAGCGCUGGCUAUCGUGUGAUUAACCCCGAGGAGCUACCGACACUCACAGCACGAGCUUCGCAGCAAAUUCUCCCAGAAGUUCCUCCCCACUCGAGGGCGUACAUCAUGUUCACUUCAGGAUCUACUGGAGAGCCGAAAGGCGUUGAAGUUGAUCAUUCUGCAUACUGUGCCGGCGCUUUGGCACGGGCGCCUCAUAUCGAGAGAGUCUUAGGUUCUCGUGUGUACCAAUUCGCAUCUUACGGAUUCGAUACCAGCAUCGAAGACAUCCUGACAACUUUGAUCACUGGAGGAUGUGUCUGUGUACCAAGUGAGAGUGAACGUCGAGAUGACCUGAGUGGCUCAUUUUUACGCCUCGGAGCUAAUUGCCUGGACAUUACGCCAUCUCUUGAAAGCACACUGGAGCCGUCCAAGUUUCCCAAUCUUCGGACUUUGAUCCUUGGAGGAGAAGCGCUUAAUUCGUCACUAUCAGCGAAAUGGGUGAACACGAACGUCAAGCUGAUUAACACUUACGGUCCCACCGAGACAGCCAUUGUCACUAGUGUCAAGAAUCCCAUUGAUACUUCUGGUGAAAUCAAUGAUAUUGGCUUUUUGCCUUGCGGCAGAGCAUGGGUUGUGCAUCCGCGCAAUCAUCAAUUUCUUCUGCCCCGAGGCGCCGUUGGUGAACUUCUCGUUGAAGGUCCAAACCUGGCUCGUGGCUAUUUCUGCGACGUUGAGCAAACGGCGCGCGCAUUCGUUUCAAAUUUGAAAUGGGCACCUGAGAAAUCACGAUUUUACAAAACUGGUGACCUUGUCCGGUUCUCGAACGAUAGCGAGAAUCUGAUUUUCGUGGGGCGAAAAGAUGCGCAGGUGAAGAUUCGAGGCCAGCGAGUCGAGCUUCUUGAGGUUGCUUCGCAUGUGAAGAAUGCUAGUGGCGCAUUUGAUGUUGUGACUGAGUUUGUGAGUCUCGCAGAGCAACCGCCAGUCUUGGUUGCAUUUUUGUGUUUCGAGCAGUCGAUCGGCACCUUCUCAAUGCUGCCGAUUGCCAAGUCCAUCUUCAAGGUCAUUCAGGAUUGUGAGCAAACUCUGAAGGAUAAGAUUCCAAGCUACAUGGUUCCGGCGGUAUACAUUCCCGUCACACGGAUUCCAACAACUCGCUCCGGAAAAGUUGACCGCGCAAUCUUGCGAAACGCGUUGAAAGAAUUGAAGCCAGAUCAAAUUCAAGAAUAUCGUCUACAAGAUGUUCAGAAUGACAACGGAGAACCACUUGAUACCGCUGAAGAGGUUCUUUUGGCGAGGCUUUGGGCUACAGUUCUUCAUGUUGACGAAUCGUCUCUUCAGAAAAACACGAAUUUCUUCCGGACAGGUGGAGACUCCCUGACGGCCAUGCGUCUUUCAGCCUUAGCUCGAGAGAACGGUGUCUCGCUGGUGGUUUCAGAAGUUUUCCAACGUCCUCUACUUGCAGAGAUGGCGCUUUAUCUUAUUUCUGACGACAAGGGACAGCAGUCCAAACAGAUUUCACCGUUUAGUCUUCUGCCACCUAAUGCGUCGGUAUCUGAUAUCUUGGAGAGGAAUUGGACAAGCAUCGAUGCCGCUGAUGUCGAGGAUAUCUACCCUUGUACUCCGACACAAGAAAGCAUGAUGGCUCUCAGUGCGAAGCAGCCUGGCGCAUAUGUUGCGAAGUUCGAGUACCUUUUGCAGGAUCACGUUGAAACUGAGAAGCUCAAAUCGGCUUUAGAACGUGUGGUGCACACAAACCCAAUCUUGCGAACGAUGAUUCUCUCGGACAUGAAUCUCGGGUCUAUUCAAGUUGUCCUAAACUCGUCGUCUUUCUCAAAAACAGACAAUACUCAGUCACGACCAACUAUGACAUACGGCUCGCCUUUGUUUCAAUUUGAGGUCGUCGAAGGACCACGCAAAUCAUUAACGCUUUUGGUCCACCACGCUCUAUUUGACGGCUUCAGCCUAGCACAGAUUCAGCAGCAGGUGUGCGACUUUUACAUGUCUCGCCAGUCCUCACCCGAUGUCCCCUCGUUUGCGUCUUUUGUGGCCUUCAUAUUGCAGUCUGACAAGAACAAAGAGUCGUCAUACUGGAAAGCCCAACUCGCAGGGAGUCCAUCCACGGAUUUCUUUGUCCAAGCUCCACGUCAGACUCAAGGACGUAGAGAAGAGAAGACCCAACAUAUUCUUACACUCCCUCUCAAUCAGUCGAAUGUCACGAAGGACCUUGGAAUCACGCUCCCCAUUAUUCUUCGCGCCGCGUGGGCUUUGACUAUCAGCACAUUCACCUUUUCGGAAGACAUCGUCUUCAAUGAAAUGCUCUCUGGCAGGAACGCUUCUUUCGAUGGAAUAUGGUCUCUGAAUGGCCCAACCGCAACAACUGUGCCUCUGCGUUGUCAGAUUGAUAAAAGCUGGACUGUUCAAACUUUCCUGGAAUCUCUAAGGAAGCAAGCCACGGAAAUGAUUCCCUACGAGCAGUCUGGAAUGCAAAAUAUCGAGAAAUAUGUGUCGAUGACCCUCAAUACCUCAAGCAUUCUGGUCAUUCAACCGGAAGAAUCGGAGUCUUCACAAUUCGACUCCAUAAUCGUUGAAUCGGUGCUGCAGUCAACUGAGGCUCAAACUUCUGGUUACUAUACCAACGAACUUGUCCUUGAUGCAAAGAUGACCACGGAGGGGGUUAUUUUUGAAGCAGUUUUCGACAGUAAUCAAAUUCCAACGAAGGUUAUGGAUUCUAUCCUAGCAACAUUUGCGACUCUCACCCAGCAAAUGUUCAAUGUGGAGCCGGAAACCCGUCUCUCGGAUUUGAAGAUGGGCGCAGAGACUCGCCAGCAGCAAUCUAGUGGGCUUGAUCAACGGAAGAGAUCUGAUCAUACUUACACUGAAGCCUCUAUAUCGGACAUGAUCGUCCGGAAAGAGAUCUCUACGAUGCGAAAGGCAGCUGUUGUUUCCUCCGAUGGAUCAUUGACCUACGCGGAAUUGGACAGAAAAAGCUCUACUUUGGCCCUCUAUCUUCAAUCACUGAAUCUUCAGGGCGACACGAUUGUGAUUCCUCUCUUUUUCGAAAAGUCGAUCGAUGCCAUCAUUGCCAUCGUGGCUGUCCUGCGAGCUGGAUACGCUUAUGCUGCUCUAGAUCCUACUCAUCCCGACAACCGUCUCCAAGAUAUGGUGCAACAAGUCAAGGCACAUGUUUGCCUUUCGUCCAAAUCACUAAGCAAAAGAAUUUCCGGUAUGACGGAAAAGUUGCUUGUGAUUGAGGAUUCUUUCUUGGAUUCGCUUGAAAGCCCCGAACGGCAGCCUAAAAGCAUGGACCGACCUGGAAUUAGCCCUAAUAAUCCUGCUGUCAUUGUCUUCACAUCAGGAAGUACUGGCCGGCCAAAAGCUAUUGUUCUUUCUCAUGGCGCCAUCACCUCCCACGCCAAAACCUUUGGCCCUUCUCUGAGUAUUGAGAGUGAAAGCCGAGUGCUCUGUAAUGCAGCAUGGGCAUUUGACAUUCAUGCUUUCGAAAUUCUGGUCACCCUGAUAUCCGGGGGAACAUUAUUCGUCACGGACCAAGAUCGCUCUCAUCUCACCGAGCUCAUCAACCUUUGGCAAAUCAACUGGCUUUUCUCGACCCCAUCUGCCCUCCAAACCCUCGAUGGCCCUACCUCUGUACCAAAUUUGAAGACAAUUGUGAUGGUUGGAGAGCUCCCCUCCAAAGAGAUUUAUGAAAGGUGGUCGGGUAAACACUUGACCUUGAUCAAUGGCUACGGGCCUGCAGAGAAUACCUUCUUCUCUACCAUGGCGGUUGUUCAAAAUGGUCAUCAGGAUCCGAGAAAUAUUGGAUUCCCAGUCAAUACGCUCGUUUGGAUCACAGAUCCGGGCCACCCGCAGAUCCUUCUGCCAAUGGGUGCAGUUGGAGAGCUGGUGCUUGGAGGACAACAGUUGGCCAAAGGCUAUCUCUACAAUGAGUCUGCAACGAAGAAAGCCUUCGUAAAUUCCCCUUCUAGCUUGGCAGGAGUCUAUGAUGGAAUUGUUUACAGAACUGGUGAUCUAUGCCAGAUGAACCCCGACGGAAGUCUUCGAAUCUUGGGUCGUGCGGACUCUCAAGUCAAACUUCGUGGUCAACGGCUCGAGACCGCGGAGGUUGAACAUCACCUGCUCAAGGCUCUGAAUCAGGAAGUCGCUGUGGAUGUCGUCACAUUGAGAUCCGGAAUGCAAGCACUUGUGGCAUUCGUGAGAUCCAACGUCGAUUAUAACGCCGAAGAAAACGAAAGCACGAAGAAGUUCCGCCAGACAUGCACUAAUGCUGCGGACGAGAUAUCUGCUUUUUUGCCAGGAUACAUGGUUCCAAGUCACUUUAUUCCACUGGUGAAGUUCCCCCAUACUGCAUCUGACAAGUUGGAUAGAAAAAGGCUUCGAGAGUUUGCUGCUCAGCUAUCCAACGUGUCUAGCAACCUCGAGGCCUACUCUCUUUCCCAGUCAAAGCACCUGUCUCCUCCCGCACCAGGACCAGAACAAGAGCUUCAGUCACUGUGGUCGCAAGUCCUUGAAAUUGAUGUGUCACACAUUGGCGCAAACAGUCAAUUCACUGGGCUUGGAGGAAAUUCAAUCACUGCUAUUAAACUUGCAACGCUGGUUCGACAAAGCAGCCGUGGCGACAAAGAUUUAAAAGUGGCCGAUAUCCUACAGAAACCUACACUGAGGGACAUGGCGCAAUGUGUGAAAUCUCAAAAAAACACUCACCCUCGUCAGAAGAUCUCCCACGUCACUGAAAGCGAACGACAAGCUAUAAUUUCUCUGGUUCUUUCUCGCGAAGAUGAUGCUUUCGCUACGGAGAAUGAUAUCGAGGACUUGUAUCCUUGCACACCCCUUCAAACACAGUUUAUGCACGCAACAAUUCAAGAUCCUCAUGCAUAUAUCAGUCACCAGAUUUUCUCCGUCAGACCUGGCGUCAACUGGGACAAACUUGCCGAAGUGUGGCACAUCGUUAUCAACCGACACGCUGUUUUCCGAACGCGGAUAUUCCAAUGUCCCAAUGGAGACCUUGUUCAGGUUGUCCGACGAACGAUGAGCCCAGAUCAGUGCUCAAGAUCGCCAUCGCUUGACUGCUUCCUAGGCGACCAUGAACACCACCUCAUGUCGUAUCCAUCACCACUUUUCAAGGUGGGCUUGAUUCCAGCGGAUGGACACUCCGACACGGGCAAGGUGGUCUUGACAGUUCACCAUUCUGUCUUUGAUGAGUGGACGAUAAGCAAGCUCGAAGUGGAAGUGGCCAAGAUAUAUCUGAGUCAAGAUUUGGGAGACGCACUUCCAUUCAGUUUGAUGAUUGAUCUGACGCGAAUCAACAAACCAGAUAGUCUGGAUUUCUGGAAGCGUUAUCUACAGGGAUGCGACCCAAAUCCCGUCAGUCCAAAGGAACCAGGCGAGUCCCGUGUUCGCAGAGAAGUUACCGUGUCUCGAAACUAUGUGAUUUCUCAAAUGCCUCCGUCGAACCUUUUGUCAACGAUUGCGCGGGCAUCGUGGGGCUUGGUUCUCGGCUCCCUGACCGAGUCUAGAGACGUCAGCUUUGGCCUUAUUCUCAAUGGGCGCACUUCAGAAAAUGAAAGCAUCAUGGGUCCUGCCGUGACUACUGUUCCAUUGAGGGUGAACUUUGGUCAACAAACAUCAAUUGGUGGCCUGAUUGACAAAACUUUUAGUGACGGCAACGAAAUUCUGCCUCACCAACAUGUCUCGUUUGAAGAUGUGCGCAAACUCAGUCCAGAAAUUGCACGAGCCCUCGACUUUGACACUAUUCUUGAUGUCGGUGUUGAGCUCGCCCAUGAUCAACUUCCGAAUGAUCAGAUUCUCCGCUUGGAGACAAGUAAAAAGCUUUCGUCAGCCUCAAAUUACUACACCAAAUCUCUCAUCGUUGCCUGCCAGUUUACACCAACAGAAAUGAAGGUUCAGCUUACCUUCGACAAAAGCGAAAUGUCCGAUAAGUCAGCUGCACGCAUGAUCUCGCAGUUGCACUCCUUCUUUGAGCAGUUGACAAAGCUUCCGAAGCAUACCACAAUCAAUGAGCUUGACUUGCUUGUCGACGAAGAAAAAGCAUUCAUCAAGGCAACAAAUGGCGAUAAACUCUCGGCUCCUGCUGUUCAUGCCUUGGUGCACGAUCUGGUGGCUCGAUCUAUAACUCGAAAGCCAAAUUCUAAGGCUAUCGAGGCCUGGGAUGGAGAAGUUACCUACGCGGAAAUGGACGUUGCAGCUUCAAAGCUGGCCCACUACCUCAUCUCGCUUGGCGUCACAGUUGGGAGCAAGGUUCCAGUGUGUUUUGACAAAUCAAUCAUGGAUCCGAUCACAAAGUUGGCCUGUCUCAGAGCUGGCGCAGCGUAUGUGCCGCUAGAUCCAUCGCACCCCACAGAGCGCCUGCAAACGAUCGUGACUUUUAUCGGUUCUGAGGUUCUCCUUGUUGGCAGGUCCCAGCGACAACGGUUCGAGAAUUCAGGCCUGAAGACAGUCACCUUGGAUCUCAGCCUAAUCGCCAGCCUUCCAGCUGUACAAGAGCCCCUGCCAGAGAACAUCUCUUCCUCCAGUACUGCGAUCGUGGUCUUCACAUCAGGAUCAACGGGAAUGCCAAAGGGAGUAGAAUUGAGCCACCGCUCAUUCUGUACUUUAGCCGCCGAAGUCGGUCACUCUAUGGAUUUGGCAAGGAUUUCGGACUUGCGAGUGCUGCAGUUUGCUGCUUAUGCCUUUGACGUGUCGAAUGCGGAAACAUUUUUAACUCUGAUUUUUGGCGGAACACUAUGCAUCAUUCAGGAUCACGAAAGGAUGAACAAUCUUGCGGAUGCAGUCAAUCGUCUUCGGAUCAACUGGCUUUAUCUGACACCAUCAUCUUCGAAGCUACUUCGUCCAGAACAAGCACCGGGCUUACAUACCCUCAUUUUGGGUGGGGAGGCGCCGACAAGUGAAAUCAUCUCUACCUGGGCACACCACGUUCAUCUGGUCAACAGUUUCGGACCAGCAGAAGGUGGUAUUUGGCCUUCAAUGGCUCAUUUCUGGCCAAACAGCAGCCCUAUCAAUAUUGGUUGCAGCGGGGCCACAAAAUUGUGGAUAGUGAAUCCUGCCGAUCAUCACCAGCUAAUGGGCCCGAUCGGAGUGACCGGAGAACUUUUGUUGGAGGGUCCUAUGCUGGCUACCGGAUAUUUGAAAGAGCCGGAAAAGACUGCUGCUGCUUUCGUUGAAGCACCCCGCUGGGCUUCAGCUUUUGGAGCUACAGGUCCAUUUUACAAGACCGGCGAUCUCUGUUUCUACAAUGCAGACGGGACGAUGAGUUACGUCGGUAGAAAAGAUGCCACCGUGAAAAUCCGUGGGCAAAGACUGGAUCUGGCUGAAGUCGAAGUGGCCAUUGGCAAAGUGACGGAUGGCACGCUCAAUGUCGCUGCUGAAAUCGUCCAAUUUAAGGAUCGCAAGGAGAACUUCCUCGUUGCUUUCUGCUCUGGAUCCGACCUCAUGGAUGAUACUCUCUGUAUAGAGCCUGAUUUCACAGAAAACGUUCGUGCUCAGCUUCAAGACCUUCUCCCUUCCUACAUGCUGCCCACACUCUUCUUUGGUGUGCGCAAGAUUCCUCUCACUUUGUCCGGAAAAAGAGAUCGCAAGUCACUCCGUGAGAUGGUGUCCGGUCUCAGCCUCACUGAAAUAACGAAUCAGAGGAAUGGAGACCAGAUAAGGAAAGUGGAGGGCAAGAUUGAGCUUGCUAUUCAGCGAGCCUGGGCAGAUGUGCUUGAAAUCGAUGCGGAUUUGAUCAAUGCAUCCGACAACUUCAUUCAGCUUGGAGGCAACUCCAUCGAUGCCAUGAAGAUGGUCUUUGCUCUAAGAGCAAAAGGAGUUUCCAUCACUGUGGCUCAGAUCUUUCGCUGCAAAGACCUUUCCGAAAUGGCUGCUCUUUGUCAAUCCGAAGGCAGUGUUGAAGAUGUGCUUCCCGCUACGGUUCCUCAAAAAUCUACGGCGAAGCCGGUCAGCCUUCCGUCGGAGAUAUCCCAUUUGAUCACUGCAAGCCUCAAUAUCUCUGCUGAUCAGAUCGAAGCUGUUUGUGAGGCCGGAGACUUCCAGGCCUACUGCUACUAUUUCGGUACGAUGAAAUCUCGCGGAACGUCGCACUACUCCAGCAUACGCUUUGCAAAGGGAGUGUCUGCCAAACGCUUGCGGACGGCAUUCUCUCAACUCGUGAAUCGGAAUCCGAUUCUACGCACAGCUUUCUUGCCCCAUAAGAACUCAAUUCUUCAGGUGGUUUGCAAAACAUGGGAUGUUGCCAUUGAAGACAUUUCCAACGUGGCUGAUGGUGAAGUCCAUCUCAAGGAAUGGAUCUCUAAUGAUUUGGCAAAAGAAAGCACCUUAAGCAGUCGCUGCACCCGAGGCGCAAUCCUGCAGUGCGUGGAUGGGUCCAGUGAAUUUGUUUUCCAACACUCACAUGCGCGAAAGGAUGCGUGGACGGAUAACAUCCUGUUCAGUGAUCUCCAGUCAAUUUACAAUGAUAUUGACGUCCCCAUUCGAUCGAGUUACUACCAGCUGUGUCAACACCUUCAAAACAAAGAUCGCAUGGCAACAGCCGCUUACUGGCAGAACCUACUACGCGGAUCUCAGAUGACUCAGCUUGUGACAGCUUCCGGUCCUUCUUACGCCAACAUUGUGAACGUCACUCUGCAAACUACUUCCAUGUUCGGAGAUAUCGCAUCCUCGGGAAUCACCACUGCGACUGUGCUGAAGACCGCAUGGGCCCUAGUACUUGCCGAAUUUACGCAAAAAGAAGAUGUGGUAUUUGGCCAUCUGACAUCUGGCAGAACACUAUCCUGGCCUGAUAUCGAGCAUGUCGUUGGACCCUGUCUGAACAUUAUCCCUGUUCGUUUCCGCGUAUCUAACGAUAAAACGCUGGACCUCCUCCGCGAUAUGCAGAAUCAACAUACAGACAGUCUGGAACACGAAUGGUUGGGAGAGCGAGAAAUUGUGGGUCACUGCACAGAUUGGGCGCCUUCAACUCGCUUUAGCUCUGUGGUUCAGUAUCAAAAUGUGGACGAGGUGCAUUCCAUGCAAGCAAAUGGGGAGUCGUGGGACGUGCACCUGCAUGGGGUAGACUGGGAUUCCACAGACAUUUGGAUCCUGGCGUAUCCCGAAAAUGACACCGUCCAGAUCACUCUGUGCUUCUCUCCAAAGCGAGUUCCACAACUGAUCGCGGAGAGCAUGCUAGAGCGUCUGCGGUCAAUGUUUGAGAUCCUUGCAAACACCGACAAUCAGAAAUCGCCGCUGACGCUUGUCAGAGAGCCCGCACGGCUUCCUCUUCCUCCGGCAGAGAUUCCGUCCAGCUCUCCAAACGGCGUCGCCAACGCUGUAGGAGUUACGGAUGUGGCAUUGAGUGGCAUUGAUCCUCUGGUCGAGCAGACGUGGAGCUUCUUAUGGGAUGCUGCUUCAACACCAUCAUCUACUUCUCUCAAGAACGCGGACUUGCCAUACUACCAGCUCAGUUACCUCCCCUGGACAGCAAGUACUUUGGCAUUUGCGUACCAGCGUCAUGGGAUUGAUAUCUCCACGGAAGAUAUCAUCGACCACCCAACUAUGAAUGCGCAGUCUGUCUUGUUGUCACAAUUACGUGAUUAA